GUGUGUUUGGUUCAGUGUGACGUGCGUGGGGGUGGUGUGUAAGCGUCGUCUCCUUGGGGUUUGAGCGGGGGAGAAAUCAAUGUGGUUAUUAGUCGUGGAAAGAAUUCCACCGAGGGUGCCGGGACCAGCGUGUGUGGAAGCCCAUCCGAUGGUACCUCACAGGGACUAGAGAGACGAGCCUGGUCGGACAGUGAGAAUAUGAACCUCUUACCUAAGAGCUCCAAGGAGUUUGGCUCCGUGGACUAUUGGGAGAAGUUCUUCCAGCAGCGAGGAAAGAAAGCUUUCGAGUGGUACGGAACCUACCUGGAACUGUGCGGCGUGCUGCACAAAUACAUCAAACCCAGGGAGAAGAGAUGGUGACAUUGGGACACAGUUUUGAAGGAUCAGUGGGCUUCAAGAGGCUGAUCACCGUGGCCCUUCACCGAGGUCAGCAGUACAAAAGCAUGGACAGCAUCCAGGCCGAGCUGUCAGCCAGAGUCCUGGAGCUGGCCCCUGCCGGGAUGCCCACCCAGCAGCAGAGACCCCACUGGCAUUGUUGGUGGUAGGCCUGGGCGGGGGCAGCCUCCCCCUGUUUGUCCACGAUCAUUUCCCGAAGUCCUGCAUUGAUGCUGUGGAGAUCGACCCCUCCAUGUUGGAAGUGGCCACCCAGUGGUUUGGCUUCUCCCAGAGCGACCGGAUGAAGGUCCACAUUGCAGAUGGCCUGGACUAUAUUACCGGCCUGGCAGGAAGAGAAGUGCGGCCCCACUACAGCGUCAUCAUGUUUGACGUAGACAGUAAGGACCCAACACUGGGGAUGAGUUGUCCGCCGCCGGCUUUUGUGGACCAGCCUUUCCUGCAGAAGGUCAAAAGCAUCUUGACUCCUGAAGGUGGCGAAUACUUGUUCUGCUGGGAAACAGAGAAGUACCUCUUGAGUAAAAAAUAUGCCUCCCAAGUUCAAGCGCCACCUAAAUGACGAUGAUGUCACUGGUUCUGUGAAAAGUGAAAGGAGAAAUCUUUUGGAAGAUGAUUCAGAUGAAGAAGAAGACUUUUUUCUAAGGGGACCAUCUGGACCAAGAUUUGGACCUAGAAAUGAUAAAAUUAAGCAUGUUCAGAAUCAGGUGGAUGAAGUUAUUGAUGUCAUGCAAGAAAAUAUUACAAAGGUAAUUGAAAGAGGGGAGAGACUAGAUGAACUACAGGACAAAUCAGAAAGCUUAUCGGAUAAUGCAACUGCUUUUAGCAACAGAUCGAAACAACUUCGAAGGCAAAUGUGGUGGCGUGGAUGCAGAAUAAAAGCCAUCAUGGCUUUGGUUGCUGUUACCCUUUUGCUAGUGAUUAUCAUUCUUAUAGUCAUGAAAUACCGUACUUGAUUUGGUGACAGAGAUCUUCAUUACGCAAGAUCUGGGACAACAAUAAUAAAAGAUUGCUGCAUAAUUUAAAUGAAACCCAUGUAUAUAACUUUCAAAACUUCUUUUUCAAGAAACUAAGAGGCAAGUAUCACUUCAAAUUGGAGCAUUGAGAAUGUCCAGUUAUCUUCUUCCCUUCUAACAAAAUGUGUCUUUAAAAAUUAUGUUUAAGGCAAAGAUAGCCAGCCUCUAUUUUGCCAUAUUCCAAGGAUCUAAUUUGAAACCGGAUACUUGCCAGUUUAUUGUUUGUAUACAUAAUUAAACAGUGAUGACGAUACUGCAGACUGUUAGUAGAAGGACCUGCAUUAUCGCAUCGACCUGGGGUCAGACCGGGAGUCCAGAAAGAAGCCCAUGGAGAGCACCAGAUCAUUGUGCUAAGACACGCACCGUCGUUCCAUCGGUAUUUGCAAGAUUCUUCACACGUUACAGUUGCUUUGCGAGCAAUUUCCACGUUUAUGGGCGUAACAAAAGCUAAAUGUUGUAAAUGUUGCUGCCUUCGGCUAUAACUAAAACAUUCCAGUAAACCUAUUUUUGACUGUAUAAGGGAAUGUGUAGUAAUUUUUUGGCAUUUGGAUUAUGGAACUGGAAAAUUUAAACAUAUGGAAAAGCAUAGUAUGGCACCAUAAAACUGGAGAUAAUAAAAUUCUUGGAGAACAUCA